GUGAAGUCUAAUACUACCAUAUUAUUUCCAUUCUAAAUCUCAAUCUUUUAUGGAAAAAAACCCAAUCGUGUACUAAAAUACAGGAUCAUCAAUUUUGGCAACCCUUCCCUUUUUUUAUUUAACUUCUUUCCAAUUUUUUAAUCAUCUCCAUUAUCUGGCAAAUCAUAUCAAAACUACACCCACCAAAGUUUCAUCCUCACCCUUCUAACUUCCAUCUCUCUUUUCUUCUCAUCACAUUUAUUUCUCUCUUCCAAAAAAAUCAUCCAAAUUUUUUUUAGAUCUUUGAAUCCAAUUUCUCAACAACAAUGAGAGACCUAGUUUCAUGUUUCACUGAAAACUCAAUAAACGUUUCAAAUCCAUCAUGUUCCACCUACUCAAACAACCCAUGCAUCACACCCAACACUCUCUCCCCUUCCAUCCAAACCUCAAUUUCAUCUAUUUACAAACUAGUCCUCUCAACCUCCAAACAAAUUCUCAUCACUGUAACAUGGUGCAGAAAUCAUUCAAAUCAAGGACUCUCCAUAUCCUUCAACAACCAAGAUCCAUCCAUCCUCCCACCUUUCCGCCUCAACACAAACUCGCGAUUCUUCCGCAGGAAAAAAGGCAGCAAAAUCCUCGAUCUCGAAGAUUCCAAAGGUUCCAAAGCAACCGUUCUAUGGGAUCUGUCAAACGCAAAAUACGAAACAGGUCCAGAACCGGUCGAAGGUUACUACAUCGUUGUCAUUGUAGAUUCAGAAAUCGGUUUAAUUCUCGGAGAUUCAGAAACUGUAACAAAGAAAAUGAGAGAUAACAUACCAAUGGCGAAGAUUUCACUCUUAUCACGUAGAGAACAUUGUUCAUCUGGUAACACAGUUUAUUCCACCAAAGCUCAAUUCUGCAACGGCGGUAAUUAUCAUGACGUUGUUAUAAAAUGCAGCGUUGAGAACGAAGGUCGUUCUUUUGAUAGUAAAUCAUCAAUUUCAUUGUCACCGGUUUUGUGUGUGAGCAUUGAUAAGAAGAAUGUGAUUCGUGUGAAGAGGUUGCGGUGGAAUUUUCGAGGGAAUCAGACUAUUUUUGUGGAUGGUUUGUUGGUUGAUUUGCUUUGGGAUGUUCAUGAUUGGUUCUUUGAUUCGGGUUCGGGGUCGGGUUGUGGUGUUUUUAUGUUUAGGACGAGGAGUGGUUUGGAUAGUAGAUUGUGGUUGGAAGAGAAGAAUUCUCAGAAGGAUAAAGAUAGGAUUGAGUUCUCUUUCUUCAUCUAUGCAUGUAAGAGUUCUUAAGGAUUUUACUUUGUUUUCAUCUUUUAAUUUUUAUUUUUUUUCUGAUUUCUUAUACAUUUUUUUUCUAGCCCUUUAGGUUAGAGGCUAAAGUAAAAUCGAAGUAAAAAUUGUUUUAAUCAGAAUUUGAACUCGGGAUCUUAUAUUGA